GUCGCGCGCUCCCGAAGCUCCCAGUUCCCUCCAGGCUCCUCCGUAGGGCGCAGUCCGUCUGCUACAGCGCGCGCUGCCCUUCGCUUCCUUUCUCUAAUAUAAAUCACCGUGCGCUCCCAAAUCGCUGCCAGGGUUGAUGGUGAAUCAGGUGGCCGGAAGGAGAGGAGGUAGGGAAUUGGACUCGUUGCAGAUUCCUGCGUACGUUUCAAUUGGCUUCCAAGCAACAGCGGCGGCAGGCGACGAGACUGCACUCCGCGCCGCGUCCCCUGCACUGCCAGCCUUGAGAUGCUCGUACCCGGCAAAGGGUUCGCUUUCUCCCGAAUCUUUCCCUAUGACGGUAGGAUUUGACCAUGGUGCAAAAAUCCCGCAACGGCGGCGUCUACCCCGGGCCCGCCGGGGAGAAGAAACUCAAAGUCGGCUUCGUCGGCUUGGACCCCGGGGCUCCAGACACCAGUCGAGACGGGGCGCUGCUUAUCACCGGCUCAGAUGCCACCAAACGCGGUAGUAUCCUCAGCAAGCCGCGCACCAGCAUCUCCGGCCCCGGAAAGCCUCCCAAGAGGAAUGCCUUUUACAGAAAACUGCAAAAUUUCCUCUACAACGUCUUGGAGAGACCGAGAGGCUGGGCGUUCAUCUAUCACGCAUAUGUCUUCCUCUUGGUCUUCUCCUGCCUGGUCCUCUCGGUGUUCUCCACAAUUAAAGAGUACGAAGAGAGCUCAGACGCGGCACUGUACAUUUUAGAAAUUGUCACCAUUGUCGUUUUUGGUGUGGAGUAUUUUGUAAGGAUAUGGGCAGCUGGAUGUUGCUGCCGCUACCGUGGGUGGCGCGGACGACUGAAAUUUGCAAGAAAGCCAUUUUGUGUCAUCGACAUUAUGGUAUUAAUUGCCUCCAUUUCUGUGUUGGCGGCCGGGACCCAAGGAAAUGUUUUUGCCACAUCCGCCAUCAGGAGUUUGCGAUUUCUACAGAUCCUGAGGAUGAUUCGAAUGGAUCGCAGAGGCGGCACUUGGAAACUUCUCGGCUCGGUUGUGUAUGCACACAGCAAGGAACUCAUCACUGCUUGGUACAUUGGCUUUCUCUGCCUCAUUCUCGCCUCCUUCUUGGUCUACUUGGCAGAGAAAGAAAGCAACAAAGAUUUUGACACAUAUGCUGAUGCCUUGUGGUGGGGACUGAUAACUCUGACCACCAUCGGUUAUGGGGACAAGUAUCCUGUCACGUGGAAUGGACGUCUCCUGGCAGCCACCUUCACCCUUAUCGGAGUCUCCUUCUUUGCACUGCCAGCUGGUAUCCUCGGGUCUGGGUUUGCCUUGAAAGUCCAGGAGCAACAUCGGCAAAAACACUUCGAGAAGCGGAGGAAUCCUGCUGCCGGUCUCAUCCAGGCUGCCUGGAGAUUUUACGCCACCAACCUGAGCCGGACAGACCUCCAUUCGACGUGGAGCUACUAUGAACGCACUGUGUCAGUCCCCAUGUACAGUAGCAUAUUGCUUCCACACGGCACCUGCAGGUUGAUCCCACCGCUUAAUCAGCUGGACCUGCUGAGGAACCUGAAGAGCAAGUCUGGACUCUCCUUUAGGAAGGAGCAGCAACCGGAGCCGUCCCCAAGAGAAAAUUCUGACAAAGAAGGUCUUUGUGGGUGUUGCCCAGGACAAGCUAGUCAGAAGGUCAGUCUUAAGGAGCGCGUAUUCUCCAGCCCCAGGAACUCCGCUGCUAAGGGGAAGGCAUCUCCUCAGGGCCAGGGCAUCCGCCGCUCUCCCAGCGCCGAUAACAGCAUCGAGGAGAGUCCCAGCAAGGUGCCCAAGAGCUGGAGCUUCGGAGACCGCAACCGGGCGAGGCAGGCCUUCCGGAUCAAGGGAGCAGCGUCUCGCCAGAACUCAGAAGCAAUUGAAGGGUUAAUCAAAGCCAGUCUACCUGGGGAGGACAUGGCGGACGACAAUAAAAGCUACAACUGUGAAUUUGUCACCCAGGAUUUGACUCCGGGUUUGAAGGUCACCAUUAGAGCUGUGUGUAUAAUGAAGUUCAUGGUGUCAAAGCGCAAAUUCAAGGAAAGCCUGAGGCCUUACGAUGUGAUGGAUGUGAUCGAGCAGUACUCGGCGGGUCACCUCGACAUGCUGGCUCGCAUUAAAAACCUCCAGUCCAGGGUAGAUUUGAUUGUGGGCCCUCAAUUGCCCUCAACUCCCCGGCAUAAGAAGUAUUCAAUCAAAGGAACUGUCUUAUCAUCCAAAGAUUCACCCCAAUACUCUCCUAGGGUCGAUCAGAUUGUUGGCAGAGGGACCCCAAUCACCGACAAGGAUCGGAGCAAAGGAACGAGUGAAUCGGAGCUGCCCGAAGACCCGAGCAUGAUGGGAAGGCUUGGGAAAGUCGAGAAACAAGUGGUCUCCAUGGAAAGAAAACUUGAUUUCCUGGUCAACAUUUACAUCCAAAGGAUGGGCAUCCCGCAGUCAGAGACUGAUGCGUACUUCACCACCAAAGAAGCAGAGCCUGCUCCCCCCUACCAUAGCCCCCUGGAGAGCAGGGAACAGAUGGAUAAGAACGGAUGCAUCACCAAGAUCAUCCGGUCAAACAGCUCGGGUUGUCAGAAGAAUUUUGAUGCCCCGCCCACUCCAGGAGCUCCACCCACACACUGCCCCCCCUCCACUUCUUGGCAGCAGCAUCCCAUAAGCGAGUACCAGCAGCGCAGCCAAGGAAACUCGCCUGUGGGGGAUCCAUCUUCGCUGGUCAGGAUCCCACCUCCACCUUCCCAUGAGCGCUCCUCCUGUGGCCACAAUGGCAGCAACAAGGCCGGCCCCGAACACCUGCGCCCAGACGACAUGCACCUCAAGCAGCACGACAGCGACACUUCCAUAUCGAUCCCGUCCGUCGACCACGAGGAGCUCGAGCGCUCCUUCAGCGGCUUCAGCAUCUCGCAGUCCAAGGAGAACUUGGAGUUCCUCAAUAACAGCUUCUAUGGUGGCAUGGCCCCAUGUGCUAAAAUCAGGCCUUACAUCGCUGAGGGGGAGUCUGACACGGACUCUGACAUUUGCACGCCCUGUGGCCCAUCGCCGAGAUCUGCCACUGGGGAGAGCCCAUAUGGUGACAUGGCCUGGGCCAGCUCCAAGUGAAACCAGGACUUUGGCAUCGACCUUUGCCAACAUUUGUUCAGCCAACGGGGCAGAGGAGGAAACCAAGGGGCCUCUGACUUAACGUGCUUGUAGUGCCCCCAAAUGGGGAGAAGGCCUACGCCUCCUCAGUGUUGCCCCCUCCAUGGUGACCUUCUUCAGUUUUUUUCUACUCUUAUUUCACCCUUCUUCUUCUUCUUCUUCUUCAUCUGCCUUUUUACAGGAAGACAUUUAUCGGGUUCCAUCGUCUCUGGCGUCACUUUCAUGCACUCUCUGGAUUCACCUCCGUGCUUUUAUACAUUUCCGGAACAUUCUGGUGAUGGAGUUCUCAAAGACAAGUGUUUUUUUAGAGACUCCCCCUCUAAAUGGUCUCGGGGAUUGGUGGUCCGUUUGGCAGAACGGCUCUGGUUUUUGCUCGAGGGUGCCCCCCCCCAACGAUGGAGGCACAGUCAGGUCGACCGUUGCAUGUUGCCCAGAGCACAGGAACAUUCAGCCGUUUUCAUGAUUUCACUUGGAGGCCCACCUGGGGAGCCUGAUCCUCCCGUUUCCACCUGGAGCUCCAGAACUCUAUUUGAGGAAUUUCGGGUUUCUGCCCCGUUCUCAUCUGUGGUGGUGGGGGGGACCCGUGGCAUGACAACCUAUGUUAUCACUUUAUGCGUUGCACACUUAUCCAAAAAGUAUCAUGAAUGUUCUGCAAAAAGAAAAAAAAAGAGUAUCUUGUAGUGGUAUUAGUCUGCGUUCCCGCGCCCACCCUUCCACCCGCAUGCUUUGAGAACAGCAGCGCCCUCUAGUGUUUAAUGCACAUUAACUUUUCUAGUUUUUACCAACGUGUCAUUCUGUCCGCCAGGGAAAUUUUUCCAGCCGCGAGAGCCCGCUCAGCAUCUGUUUUCUGGACACUGUGCUGAGGCAAAUUCCUAUAUUUUAUACAAAUGGACAAAGCCAUCUUGAGCAGCUAUCAGGUAAACAAUUUUUUCGAAAAAAUUCUGAUGUUUUAGGGGUCAGGGGAGUCAAAGAAUUCCUUCCCAUCGCGUUUUCUGGGGGGGAUCUGAGCGAAUGGCUGCUGUGAAAUCAAGACUGGGAAUCCAUUUCUACCUGCGUGAUGAUUGUGUUGGACGUGCCAACUUGGGCAUGCCCCUGCAUUUCACAUGUUAGCAUUUUUCUUAUUCCCCGCAGAUGGGGGUGGUUGGCAACUUGAGCGUCACUAGGUGGGCUGUGGCAGAGUGAAAAGGCGCUUUAUUUAGACUCCCUCUCCAAACACUUUUUUUUUUUUUUAAGUGCUGAAGGUGGGCGACACCUGAUGAAACAACGUGGCAGCCUACAUGACCCUGAAGCUCCAGGAGAGGCAGCAGGGGUGCACCAAUGAGGUUGGGACAUUCCCGACCUCAUUUGCAUAAUGUGUUCCCAUUAGUGGCAGAGUACUAUUGUGUACUUGGUUGUAGAACAGCGCCACCUCUGGUCACCUCAAUUAGGGAAUUGUGAAUUGAAGGGCUGUGUCCACACUUAUUACGUCUCAUUGCCGCUUUCGCCAAAAAUAUAUAUUUUUUAAUUUAUCGUGAUUUUAUGCACAUAUUGUUUUGUUGUGCCUUGUCACAGUCAGCUGUGUGAAACUUGCACCUUCUGCACUCAAAUUACAGCAUUCAAAUGACCGCUCAAUGGCCACAAAGGGAUGUGUAACCUUCGCACUGGGCUGCCCGUCUGUACCUCGCCCUUCUGACGUUUGGGUUUGCGCGUCUUUCACUCGGCUCCUCCACUCUGACUUUUUCCACGUGAGCAGCAGGAAACUGGACAGCAUUCGCAAAUUAAGCAAAGCAAUAAGGCUGUAAGUUCCUAGGAUUCUGCUUCAACACAUCCCAUUCCAUCAGUCUCUAUAGCGCCUUUCAGUCACGCUGGGUGCCUUUUCACCUUUUCGUUCCAGGAGUGCAGAGUCUUAACACCACGCCACCUGCUGGCAGGUGGAGGUUAAAGCGAAUCUUCAGUGUCCCUUUAUCCUGUCCAGAGGCUUGGGUGGACAUGUUGCAGGAGCUCACGUGUGCAUUUCACGCUGAGCAAUUGUUUUGGGUUCACGGGGUGGGUGUGGCUGAGGCGGGGUGGGCGGGGCUUUGGAAUCGCAUUCAUUUUUUGCCUUGCUUGCUUCUUGCACUUUCUUUCUUGUAGACGAUUCCCAUUGGGCUACUUUUGCUGGGAGUAGUGGGCGCUUUUGGGAGUAUGCUUGGUGACGUUGGGGGGUUUAGUGGUGCUGAUUGUGAAAAGCACUUUGCACUAAUGCACUGCACGCUUGGCCUCCCUCGAACCCCUCCACACCGCAUGCUGUAUUUACAAAGAGCUCACCCCUGCUGUUUGCCUGCAUCUAUUUAGCCGCUGCUUUGUGCCUGAGCCAAGUUGCUGCAACAUGUGCAAGUCUCAUUUGGACCUCAAGGGGGUGGCCAUUGUUCGCACGCUCUUUGGUUACAUUUUACUUUUUGCUCUGUGCCAGCCUUGCCCUAAAAUGACAUGGAGCCUUUAGGUGGCAUGUACUGCGGUACAUGAGGCGCCCUCCGGUGGCCGGAGUACUGUCUUUGUGACUUCGCACUGCGCUGUUUACCCGUUUACGUUUUCUCAUUCGAGGACAGAUCAGUGGAGCCUACAUGAGUUUCCACAUGCUGGUUCAGCCUUGCUGUCUCCCCACCUCUGCCGAGGCUGUCGAUUGUAAAUAGCAAUGUCUGCACAGGAAUGGUGACACGCAUGUCUUUUGCAACAUCUGAAUGACACUAUUCUACUUUUCAUAUGUUCACUAGGAUCCGUGUGCUAGAAAGAUGGGAAAUGUAAAAUAAAGUUUCUACAA